AUGAAAAAACUAACAAGGGGCGAUUCAGAAAAAAAAUUGCAAACACUUAACAAAUUUGACCCCACGAAUGCAUAUAAUAGUUCUGUAACUGUUAAGAAACCAGUUACUAGUUAUGAAAAGUUUCAAGCUUGGAUGAUUAACGAAGGCUCACGCAAAAUAUUUACCGUAUCAUGGAUUGUUAUUCAUGCAUUAAUAUUUUCGAUGGCUUUCCUCAAUUACUUUUUUAGCGAUAAUUUGAAUGGACCAAGACAAACCUUUGGAAUGACAUAUGUAUUUGCACGAUCAGCAGCCGUUGUUCUCCAUUUUGACGCAGCCGUGAUUUUAUUUCCUGUUUGCCGUAAUUUAGUUUCUAUUGUUCGUCAAACUCCCCUUAAUAAUGUUAUUUCAUUUGAUGAAAAUAUCGAAUUUCAUAAAGCCAUUGGUUGGUCUUUAUUAUUUUUCACAAUAGUUCACACCGUAUCACAUUGGGUUAAUUUCUAUCGUUUGGCAGUAGCAAAAAAUGGAGGAGUUCUUAUGUGGCUUCAGCUUAAUUUUGCAACUGGACCUGGAUUAACCGGAUAUGUUAUGCUUAUUUCUUUGUUUAUUAUGGUUGCUACGGCCACACAAAAAGCUAGACGUGCUCAUUUCAAUAGAUUCUGGUAUCUUCAUCAUCUUUUUAUUCCAUUCUUUGGUGCAUGGGCUUUCCACGGUGCUUUCUGCAUGAUUCAACCUGAUAGAGAACCAAAAUGUAGUGAUAUUGCUUCGUUCUGGAAAUAUUGGAUUGCGUCUGGUACAAUUUAUAUUGGAGAACGUGUUCUCCGAGAAAUUCGUGCUCGUCAAACAACUUAUAUUUCAAAAGUUGUUAUGCAUCCAUCCAAAGUUGUCGAAAUUCAAAUUAAAAAGAACAAUAUUACAACUAAAGCUGGUCAAUAUAUUUUCUUAUGUUGUCCUGAAGUUUCAAUUUGGCAAUGGCAUCCAUUUACAUUAACUUCAACUCCCGAGGAAGAUUAUAUCUCGGUACAUAUUCGUGUUGUUGGUGAUUUUACUGAGGCAUUAGCUAAAAAAUUAGGAUGUAAUUUUGAAGAAGAAGCUAAAUUAAGAAAAAAGAAUAGGGACCGUAUUAAGAGCCAGUAUGAUGGAAUUGAUAUUUCUUCAGACAAUCCCGAACUUCAAAAAGUUUUACCAAGAGUUAUGGUUGAUGGCCCAUUUGGUAGUGCUUCCGAAGACGUAUUCAAAUUCGAAGUUGCUAUGCUUGUGGGUGCUGGUAUUGGUGUCACUCCAUUUGCCAGUAUCCUUAAGAGUAUCUGGUAUCGUGUAACUUAUCCGAAGAAAUCCACCAAACUUCGAAAAGUUUACUUCUUUUGGAUUUGCCGUGAUUACGAUUCCUUUGAAUGGUUUCAAUCAUUAUUAUUAGCUAUAGAAGAACAGGAUAUUCAACAAUUUAUUGAGAUUCACACUUAUUUAACAGGCCGUUUACGUCAUUCGGAAGUUGGUAAUAUUCAUGUUAAUGAUGAUGGAAAUGUUAAAGAUACUAUUACAGGACUUCGUUCACCAACACAAUUUGGACGUCCAAAUUGGGAUAAAAUCUUUUCAAAUAUGAGGGAGCAACAUCCUGCUUCUGACGUUGGUGUAUUUUUCUGCGGACCUAAACCUCUUGGUAAACAAAUACAUACGAAAUGUAAUUUAUGGAGUCAAGGUUUUGAGGAUGGCACAAGAUUUUACUUCGGAAAAGGUAAAUUUUAA